UGGAAUCAAACCCUAUAACCCAAAAUGAGUUAUAAAGCAGGUAUGCUCAUUCCGAGCGCUGGGGUGCAAGGGCGUUCUCCCAGCUUGCGCACUGCAUAACUUAACAAGCAGCUACUUACAGUGUAACGAUAUGCAUAGUUAUAAGCACCUACUACAUAUUCAUAACCUUUCCUGCUUCAUAUUAUAAUUAGUUCUGGAAGCUUCGCUCCAGCCUCGCGCCUGCAUAGUGCUUCCUGGUGGUUGUGGGCGGGGGUCUUAGGGACGAAUUAGGAAGUCUUCCUUGAUAUUUUUUCCCUUGAACUGUGUACGGACGCAGUCUCUUCUGGUUAUUUUCCAGCUUUCUGUGCUCCAAUGCCCACGUAUCAGUAAACUGCUAGCUGGCUCCUUCCUUAUCGACUUCCAAGGUCUUCAGGACGAGCCGUGACAAGUUCUAGUGAACCUUCCCAACCCGCCUGUCUGCUCUGGCUCAUCAGCCGCUCCACCGCACGGGCAGCGCAGAGAACGGCCCGAGCUGAUCAGUGCCCCGGAGGGACCUGGAAGAGGCGGACAACAGAGGAACACUGCCGGGAAAGUACCUACGAAAAGUACCGUAAACAGAGGAACAAAAGAGACAAUGGUAGCCUUCUGAUGCCAAAGAAGGAAUAGGGACUGCGCUGAACAGCGAGUGAUGAGUUAUCUCUGACCAGUUACUUUGAAGAUUGAGCACGUGGACAGUUGUUAGUAACCAAUUCGAUAAGGCCACGUUCUUUGAAAUUCAGCAGAGAUGCAUAAAAGCACCCUGCCUUUGCUAUAAAGGCUCUUGUGUUUAUACAGGAGUCCCUGCCUUUAUCUCCUCACUGCCCGGACGAGCUAUGUCUUCACCUGCAUGUCAGCAGGCACUGCUCAGAACCAGCGCUGCUCCCUGCCAGCAGCCGCCCAACCUCACCGUGCCGGCAGAGCAUCCAGCGGUACAGUCAGGGGGGUCCGAGCUGGGCUUCUGCCUCCCCGUCUCCUCUGCCCAUUGGAACAGCCCACGUUGCCUCCCCGCCCCAGGCGCGUCGUGCCCAGUGCCCAGAACCAGCGCCUCUGUGACAUCAGCCCGGGGCCAAGGGCACUGCGGGCAGCGCCAGCGCUGCAGGCAGUCUGUCGGCUGUUGUCCUGGGGGCAACAAGCUUUCAGUCACUGCUGUGCCACGUGUCGCUGGCACCAUGCGUGUGCUCUUCGUCCUCGUCCUGCUGUGUCUGUCCCAGCUCGUGCAGGGCUCACUUGACACCUGCAAGACCUGCGGACUCCGUCUCGUGGAUAAUGACUACAGCAUGUCGCGUGUCGUCGGGGGUAGAGAUGCCCAGCUGGGAGCCUGGCCCUGGAUGGUCAGCAUCCAGAGCCCCUGGGGAGCCGGCACGUGGCACGUAUGCGGAGGGACCCUUAUCAGCCCACAGUGGGUCCUCACAGCCGCCCACUGCUUCAUCAAGGCCAGGAAAAUUGAGGCGUGGCGUGUGGUGGCCGGUGCCAUCCAGCCGUAUCACAUUGGACCGGAGGCUCAAGUGCGCAACAUAAAGCGGGUCCUGCUCCACGAAAAAUACAAGAACAUCUCGCAAGGCUAUGACAUCGCCUUGCUGGAACUAGACCGGCCCGUCCAGUGCAACUCCUACGUGCAGGUCGCCUGCGUGCCCCAGCCCUCGCUGAAAGUGUCACGGCUGACCACCUGCUACGUCACUGGUUGGGGUGCCACCACCAAGAGAGGUAAAGGACCAACCAACGUGCUGCAGGAGGCUCAGGUCCUCCUCAUCAACAGCCGCGUCUGCAACGGCAGCGGGUGGUACCGCGGGGCCAUCCACAAGUACAACCUGUGUGCAGGAUAUCCGCAGGGCGGCGUCGACACCUGCCAGGGAGACAGCGGUGGUCCUCUCGUCUGUCAGGAUCCACACGCUGAGCACUUCUGGCUGGUGGGAGUGACCAGCUCAGGGAGAGGCUGUGCCAGAGCCCGUCGGCCAGGGAUCUACGUCUCCACUCAGCACUUCUUCAACUGGAUCCUGCUACGGACGGGGCUGCAGCCAUCAGGAACGGCUGCGCUAACGCCAGCCGUCACCUCAGCGCCCGUUCUGAAGCCAACGCAGAAUGACAACGUUACACGCUGUCCAUUUCCGUGCCAGAGGAUGAUGGAAUUCUUUAGUAUGAUGUGGGAGUUCCUGAAGUUCGUAAGGGCUGGAAAGAACUGAGCAGCAGAACGGACAGCCUUGCCAGUUUUGUUCCUGUAGUUAGGUCAUUGAUUCCAUUACAUUAAAUCUUGUCGAAUACCUUUGAAUCGCUUUGUUAAUGAACUGAUGAGUAAAUGGUAAGAGAUAGCAGCUAUUUUCAAUUUGUGAUCCACCUCAACAAAUCAUAAAUUGCUGCUAAAUCAAAUUCUCCAAACAUUCCACCUGCAAAAAGUCCUUCAGCCCGCAUAUGCUGGGAGCUGGAGUCCUUCCCCACACGUCACACUGGGACCUGGAGUACUUCUCCAUGCACGGAGGCAGAAGAUUCGGUUCCUGACCCCACAACAUGCCAGGAGCUGGAGUGCUUCACCCCACAGCAUGCUGGAGGGGCAGUCCUUCACCCCAGGGCACGCCAGCAGUGGAGUUCUCACCCUGUAGCAGGCUGGGAGUGGAGUCCUUUACUCCACAGCAUGCUGGGGGCCGGAGGACAUCCCCCUGAGGUGUGCUAGGAGCUACAGUCCUUGCUCCUGCGCCAGGCUGGAGCCCCUCACGCCACCGCAUGAAGGGUGCUUGCAUCGUUCACCCUGCAGCACGUGUGCACUGGAGUCCUCUGCCCAGCAACAACCUUGGGAG